AUGGCCUCCUUGGCCAGCGUCCCUGCAGAGAUCCUCGUCCUAAUCUUCACCUACCUGCAGUGCUUCACCGACCUCACGAGCAUUGCGGGCGUCUGCAAAGACUGGCGCAACGCCGUGCACGUGCCAACAAAUACUUGGAACAAGCAAAUUCAGGAAGAUCUGAUACAUCUAAGAACAAAUAUCAGGUUAAUCUCAUACAAGAGUGCCUGUGAAGCAUCGCUGUUGUGUUCACUGUUCCUCAAGAGCACUAGGGCCUUCUUAGUCCCAAGGUUGAGGUGGACGAGCCCAAUCCUCCGUCCAGAUGUUCCACUGCUCUCCCCGAACACACCGAACCGGAUUGGCUGGUAUGCGUCGAACCCCCUUGGAUAG